GGGCCGCGGCCCCUUUAAGAACAGGCCACGCCCCUCCCUCCACCCAGCGCAGCUGGCAGUCGGUGGCGGCCGCUACGGUGCUGACAAGAUGGCGGCUGGCGGGGCUGUCGCUGCGGCUCCCGAGUGCCGGCUUCUGCCCUACGCGCUACACAAGUGGAGCUCCUUCUCCUCCACUUAUCUUCCCGAGAACAUUUUAGUGGAUAAACCAAAUGACCAGUCUUCAAGGUGGUCUUCAGAGAGCAACUAUCCUCCCCAGUACUUGAUUCUGAAGCUUGAAAGACCUGCUAUAGUCCAAAAUAUCACAUUUGGAAAAUAUGAGAAAACUCAUGUUUGUAAUUUGAAGAAAUUUAAAGUCUUUGGUGGAAUGAAUGAAGAAAAUAUGACAGAACUAUUGUCUAGUGGCUUAAAGAAUGAUUAUAACAAAGAAACAUUCACCUUGAAGCAUAAAAUUGAUGAACAGAUGUUUCCUUGUCGAUUCAUUAAAAUAGUUCCACUCUUAUCCUGGGGACCCAGCUUUAACUUUAGCAUCUGGUAUGUUGAACUUAGUGGCAUUGAUGAUCCUGAUGUAGUACAACCUUGUCUCAACUGGUAUAGCAAGUACCGUGAACAGGAAGCCAUUCGUCUUUGCCUAAAACACUUCAGACAACACAACUAUACAGAGGCCUUUGAAUCACUACAAAAGAAAACCAAGAUUGCUCUGGAACAUCCCAUGUUAACAGAUCUACAUGAUAAACUGGUGUUGAAGGGUGAUUUUGAUGCUUGUGAAGAAUUAAUUGAAAAGGCUGUAAAUGAUGGCUUAUUCAAUCAGUACAUCAGUCAACAAGAAUAUAAGCCACGAUGGAGUCAGAUAAUUCCCAAGAGUACCAAAGGUGAUGGAGAAGAUAACCGACCAGGAAUGAGAGGGGGCCAUCAGAUGGUUAUUGAUGUUCAAACAGAAACUGUUUAUUUAUUUGGUGGAUGGGAUGGAACACAAGAUCUUGCUGACUUCUGGGCAUACAGUGUGAAGGAAAACCAGUGGACAUGUAUCUCCAGAGACACUGAGAAAGAGAAUGGUCCUAGUGCCAGAUCAUGUCAUAAAAUGUGCAUUGACAUUCAGCGAAGGCAAAUCUACACACUGGGGCGUUAUUUGGAUUCCUCUGUGAGGAACAGCAAAUCUCUGAAAAGUGACUUCUAUCGUUACGACAUUGACACAAACACAUGGAUGUUACUCAGUGAGGAUACUGCUGCUGAUGGAGGACCGAAGUUGGUGUUUGAUCAUCAGAUGUGUAUGGACUCAGAAAAACAUAUGAUCUACACCUUUGGUGGUAGAAUUUUGACAUGUAAUGGAAGUGUAGACGACAGCAGAGCCAGUGAACCACAAUUUAGUGGGUUGUUUGCUUUCAACUGUCAAUGUCAAACCUGGAAACUUCUUCGAGAGGACUCCUGUAAUGCUGGUCCUGAGGACAUCCAGUCUCGGAUAGGACACUGCAUGCUGUUCCAUUCAAAAAAUCGUUGUUUAUAUGUAUUUGGUGGCCAGCGAUCGAAGACCUAUUUGAAUGAUUUCUUUAGUUAUGAUGUGGACUCUGAUCAUGUAGACAUAAUAUCAGAUGGCACCAAGAAAGACUCUGGAAUGGUUCCAAUGACAGGAUUCACACAGAGAGCAACCAUUGAUCCAGAACUGAAUGAAAUACAUGUUUUAUCCGGACUCAGCAAAGACAAGGAAAAGAGGGAAGAGAAUGUUAGAAAUUCAUUCUGGAUUUAUGAUAUUGUGAGGAAUAGUUGGUCUUGCGUCUAUAAGAAUGAUCAAGCUACAAAGGAUAAUCCGAGUAGAAGUCUCCAGGAAGAAGAGCCAUGUCCCAGAUUUGCCCAUCAGCUUGUAUAUGAUGAGUUACACAAGGUUCAUUAUUUAUUUGGUGGGAAUCCAGGAAAAUCUUGCUCUCCAAAGAUGAGAUUAGAUGAUUUCUGGUCACUGAAGUUGUGUAGACCUUCAAAAGAUUACUUACUGAGGCACUGCAAAUACCUCAUAAGGAAACACAGGUUUGAAGAAAAGGCCCAAAUGGAUCCCCUUAGUGCUCUGAAAUACUUACAAAAUGAUCUUUAUAUAACUGUGGAUCAUUCAGACCCAGAAGAGACAAAAGAGUUUCAGCUCCUAGCUUCAGCUCUAUUCAAAUCUGGUUCAGAUUUUACAGCUUUAGGCUUUUCGGAUGUGGAUCACACCUAUGCCCAAAGAACUCAGCUCUUUGACACCUUAGUAAAUUUCUUUCCUGACAGCAUGACUCCUCCUAAAGGCAACUUGGUAGACCUCAUCACACUGUGACUGAAGACACACUGGACAGACAGGAGAUCGGGCUUGUGCGCUCAGUAUUUUGGAUUUCAAGUCUGUUGACCGACAAUUAGGCUGCAGUGAUUGAGGACUGCACCAGAGUUUUGAAGGGAUCUUUACUGUCACAACUUAUAACCCUCUUCCUUCACACCUGACCUCAACCCCUUUUUCCUCAUCCCAUUCCAUAAAUUAGGCUAAUAAAAUGAAAUUGAUAUACUUUCCAUUUAAAUACAAAUAU